CAGAUGUGAUGGAACCCUUCUUUGUGGUGGUGAUUCUCUCCUGCAUGGUACCCAUGUCAGUGGCCAGAGUGGGCUGGUAACCCACAGCAGAGGGGAUACGACCCAGAAGAGCAGACACCUGAAAAGCACGCAAAGAAAUCAUGACAUCCGCGACCAAGAUUUGAGGAAACCUCGCCAAACAGCAGACGUGAUGGACCAGAUACUGACCUCAGAGCCAGCCUGUGUGAAACGGAAGAUGUUGUCAAUGAAGAGCAGCACAUCCUGACCCUCCUGGUCACGGAAAUACUCGGCCACAGUCAGUCCAGUCAGAGCCACUCUGGCACGGGCACCUGGGGGCUCGUUCAUCUGUCCGUACACCAGCGCCACCUAGCAAGGAUUCAAAGCAGAGGGUAAGCGUUUUAUGUUUGCUGCUCAAGCGUGCAACAUGUGCGGCUUGAAAGACUCGUCACCUUGGAGGUGGUGUCCUUCAGGUUGAUGACACCGGACUCAAUCAUCUCGUGGUACAAGUCAUUUCCCUCGCGGGUACGCUCGCCCACACCGGCGAACACGGAGUAACCACCAUGGGCCUUGGCGACGUUGUUGAUCAGCUCCAUGAUCAACACAGUCUUGCCCACCCCAGCACCACCGAAGAGACCUGAGAGCAGGAGAAUGAAGGGUUUAUUUACAAUCAGGCGUUCUACAUCCUACUGCAGGGGUAUUCAAGCUGGAACACGUACCAAUCUUUCCUCCCUUGGCGUAGGGGGCCAGCAGAUCCACCACCUUGAUGCCAGUGACCAGAAUCUCCUGCUCCACACUCAUGUCAGUGAACUCAGGGGCUUCAGCAUGGAUGGGUGCAGUCCUGUGAAAGCAAAGGAACAAAACUGACGCUCUUUGUUCCUUCCAAUGUUAUUUAUUUGUGCUUAAAAAGGUCACUCACUGCUUGGUGGAGAUGGGACCCCUCUCAUCAAUGGGCUCGCCAAUGACAUUCAUAAUCCUGCCAAGGGUCUCUGGACCCACUGGGAUUCUGAUGGGAGCACCAGUAUCCAGAACCUUCUGCCCACGCACCAGACCCUCAGUACCAUCCAUAGCAAUAGUACGCACUGUGUUCUCCCCUGAGACACACAACAACAAUGUUUUAAUGACGUCAUUCUCCUUUAAAAAGAAGUGCUUGUUGUUAAAGUGUCAUUUGAAAUGCUUACCAAGAUGCUGUGCCACCUCCAGGACUAGCCUGGCCUCGCGGCCGCUCACUUCCAGGGCGUUAAGGAUGGGGGGGAGGCCUUCGUCGAACUGGACGUCGACGACGGCACCGAUGACAGCCACAAUGCGGCCAUUGGCGACGGCGGCAGCAGCAGCAGGUGCGACAUAGUCUCUGCCUGGAAAGACAGACACAGGGUGCUAGUUUAGCUCAAGGGUGCUACAAGCAUGACCUUGGUGUCCCCCUGGGGUCUUUGUGGUCUCUAAUGUCCCAGAAUGUUUGCUUUAACGUGCCUGAGAGAGAGAAGACACAACUGCGCACCUUCACGUUACGUCUCAAUGUCAGGGGGAAUUAAGGGUGAAACUACAACACAGCUCAGAAAGUAGAUAAAGAGUGAGUGUUUGGGAGUUUCUAACAUUAAGUGGACUAAACUGGGUGGAUAUAUCUGUAUAUUAAUCUGCUGUAAUACCAAUAUAUAAGGUUUACGUGGAGAGAUUGACAGAUGAAUGGGGCUAAAGCUAAUGUUGGCCUUAAAGACAGCCGAGGUGCGUUCAAUGACAUCACAUUUACAGUGUCUCAUGAUCUCAGAGCUUUAAUUCUGUCUGUUAGUUUCUUUAAGUGUAUAAACGUGCUGCAGAACAGUGUGUAACCUUGCUAAUCUGCUCGGCAGCUUGUAAUGCUAGCUUAGCAGCCUCAUGUCAUUAGAAAGGUCAUUCCUGCUAGCUCAAGAAAAACACAGCAGAGCAACUUCCUGCUGCAUGACACCUGUCAAUAACUGCGAUUAUAUGCAUAUGUACUAAUUUGACAUUUUAAUAAGGCUCCUGAGGAGUUCAAAUUUAACAUUUAUAUGUCAUGGCCUGCUACGCCACCGGCAGAGCGCAGCCAGCGUGUUGCUAGCAGUAGCUCCCCCUGCCCUUCUGACAGGCGCGUAAACGCCUCUUUUCUCGUUCCGAUUUCGAUCAAAAGCACCAAGCAUGCAGGACUUACGAGACAGGACCGCUGGGGAUCCAACGAGGGCUUUCAGGGGCUGGACCCCAGGCUUGAGAGCCUGCAGAGCCCCGGUGCAGCAGCGUCCCACAGCUCCCAACAUUGUCAAAAUGGCUGAAGGUGGAAAGAGACAGAGGAACUGGGGGCUUUAUAAUGAAUGAGCGCUGAGGCCAACUGCGCCUGCGCGCAACGUAAAAGCCCCGUCCUGAGCAUGCGCACUGGUUGAAAGAUCCAGCUGACAUUCUGCCAUGAUUCUGCCCUCCAGAGCUGGCCUAAAUGACAGUCUUCAAGAAAGUUUGCACCAAGGAAACCUAACGACCAAAACCAGUCCUUCAAUUAGUCCAGACUCACGUGAAAAAACAGUUCUGAGGUCCCUGUUUUGAUGUUGCCCUGGUUGUACACAAUGUCCCAGGUGUGGAGGGGUCUUUGUCUAGCUUCAGACAGACACAACUUCUAGUGGUGUGCAGUUAGCAGUGUGCACUUCACUACAAUCAUGUAGGUCAUAUAGAACACUAGUGUUACUUUCAGUCUGUUUUACACCUAGUUAAAAAAACUAACAGGAGCUUUAAGAACAUUAAAUACUGCUGUAUUCUAUCAAGGUAUGCCAGUCCAACCUGUGGACUCCCUCUAAGUCUUGAAUCCUUCCGUGCAUUAAUUAUGAAAUGACAUACCAAUGUUUUUUUUUUUAAUUUAUUUUUUAUUAUUUAGCUCAUUCCACGCGACUUUGACCUGAAAUAUAACCAGCCAUGUAUGAGGCCCAACUCUGUGGACAGAUGAUUCAUCCUGACUUUCUCCAAACUGUAACGCUUUGUCUUUUUAACUAUACACAGCUCUGUAGUUGUUACUUCAUGUAGCCAAAUGUUUUCUCCUGCACAAGUAGAAUAACAGGGUUUGAAAGACAUUCCGGGGCGCCCAGAGUCACAGUACUUGAUUCCAGGACUCUGACUCAAGUCUGGAUACCUGACUUGGACUCGAGCAUUGACUGCAUUAGGAACACUAUAUGCACCAAGAGCGCUGCAACAUGUUUAAGAAGCAUCAAGGAGAAGACAGAGACCAUCUCUGAAACUCUACAUCUGUGCAUGAUGCAUUCAAUAAAGGAAGUCAUGCUCCCUUCACUGCACUGGCUCCUGUUAUUGUGGGGGCUUCAAGGUCUUUUGGCGCAGGACUAUGAAGAAGACUAUGAAGAAGAGGUGGUGACUACUAGAAGGAAGAGCAAAGACUUUUCAUCUAAUACCAUACCAAAAAAUGGCAAAGCGCUCAUCGAUGACGAAUGCGGUUUGGAGAUCGCCUUCUUGAUUGACAGCUCAGAGAGCGCCAAGGACAACCAUGCCCAGGAGAAGCGCUUCGCCAUGGACGUGAUGGACCGGCUCCAGGGCCUCAAGCUGCAGACGGGCCGGGGACUCGUCUCCCGUGCUGCCCUCCUCCAAUACAGCAGCCAUGUCAUCAUAGAGCAGACCUUUAAACAGUGGAGAGGCACUGAGGAUUUCAAAUCCAGGAUCGCUCCCAUGGUGUACAUCGGCCACGGCACCUACAUCACCUACGCCAUCACCAACCUCACCCACAUCUACCUGGAGGAGUCGUCCACCAACAGCAUCAAGGUGGCUGUUCUGCUCUUCGACGGCAUCUCCCACCCGAGGAACCCGGACGUAUUUUCAGCUGUGGCUGAUGCCAAGAACCAGGGAGUCCGCUUCUUCACCAUAGGAAUCACACCUGAAGCCAACGAGGCCGCUAACAUAGCACAGCUGCGGCUCAUUGCUAGCUCUCCAGCUUCACGCUACCUUCACAACCUGCAGGAUAGAAGCAUCGUGGACAAAUUCAUCAAGGAGAUUACGGCGGUGGCGGAUGAAGGGUGUCCUGUGGCUCUGAGCAAGUGUGCGUGUGAUAAGGGUGAGAGGGGACCCAUCGGCCCUGCUGGCAAGAAAGGUCGGCCUGGAGAAGAUGGAAACCCCGGGACGAAAGGAAUGAAGGGUGAAAGUGGGCUCAGUGGACUUCCAGGUCGAGACGGCAGCGAGGGAAAAUCAGGAUACAAAGGAGAGAGGGGAGAGAGAGGGGAGUGUGGCACACCUGGACUAAAGGGAGAUAGAGGCCCUGAAGGUGGGGUUGGUCCAAAAGGAAAUCGUGGACUUCAGGGUGUACCUGGUCCCCUUGGUGAUAUCGGACCUGAGGGUCCCAUGGGUAAAAAAGGGGAAAGGGGACUUUCUGGCCCACCUGGAAUCCAAGGGGAAACAGGGAUCGGCCUUCCGGGACCCAAGGGUGAUAUCGGUUUCCAAGGGCAAUCAGGGCCUCCUGGUCCUCCGGGAGUUGGCGAGUCUGGACCUCCUGGGCCUCAAGGGCCACAGGGAGUCCAAGGAGAGAGAGGACCAUUAGGGGAGGGCCUGCCUGGACCAAAGGGAGAGCGAGGUUUGGACGGUCCGCGGGGGCCGAGAGGACAGCCGGGCGCUGGAAUCAAAGGAGACAAGGGGGAUUUUGGCCCUCCAGGUUUUCCCGGGCCCCACGGCCCCCCAGGAACGGGCAUACAGGGCGAGAAGGGUACAGAAGGGCCAAGAGGGCCACCAGGGGGCCGUGGCCAACCAGGAGAGGGCUUACCUGGAUCCAAGGGGGACCAAGGUUUGCCAGGUGAGGUCGGCAGCACAGGAGAGAGGGGGGCUGGAGAACCUGGAGAGAAGGGUGAGCCAGGAUCAACUGGACUGUCUGGUUUGCCGGGUCUGCCAGGUGAAGAUGGAGCUCCUGGACAGAAGGGUGAGCCUGGAUCUGUAGGUCUCAGAGGGCUGGAGGGGGCACCUGGAGUCGGCACUCAGGGUGAAAAGGGUGACCAAGGCCAAAGAGGGAUUCGGGGCUUGACCGGUCCUCCUGGGAUUGCUGGACCCUCAGGACCAAAGGGAGAACCAGGGUCACAAGGCAGGGUGGGUUCAUCUGGUCCACCAGGCCGUUUUGUUGCAGGGCCCAAGGGUGAUCUUGGUCCAAGUGGUCCUCCUGGUCCAAUUGGGGAGACUGGCUAUGGACUUCCUGGUCCCAAGGGGGACCGUGGAGAAGGAGGCCCCUCAGGUCCAUUUGGUCCCAAAGGAGAGGGUUUCCCCGGCCCCUCGGGUCCUCCUGGUCUACCUGGACUUCCAGGAGAACCUGGCCUUGAAGGAGUGGGCAUCCCUGGACCAAAGGGCGAUGUUGGUUUCAGAGGGUUGCCUGGUUUACCGGGACCUCCAGGUGAAGGCCUACAAGGACCUCUGGGUAACCCAGGUCGGCCUGGCCCUUCAGGGUCACCCGGACCACAAGGACAGGGAAUCCAAGGACCAAAGGGCGAGCAAGGGUCUCAGGGUGUCACAGGACCAAGGGGGCUGCCAGGAGAAGGCUUUCCUGGAGCUAAAGGUGACCGAGGGUCAGCAGGCGAGCGUGGGACGAAGGGAAUCAAAGGAGAGCUGGGAGAUGCGGGACAAUCAGGGAUACCUGGCCGGCCUGGGGUCAAAGGUGAAGCGGGACUCACAAGGGAGGAUAUCAUCCGAAUGAUCAAAGAGAUCUGCGGAUGCGGCAUCAAGUGUAAGGAGAGGCCGAUGGAGCUGGUGUUUGUCAUCGACAGCUCAGAGAGCGUGGGCCCAGAGAACUUUGAGAUCAUCAAGGACUUUGUGAACGCCCUGGUGGACCGGGUCACCGUGGGCCGCAACGCCACCCGCAUUGGCUUGGUGCUGUACAGCUUGGAGGUGAAGCUAGUGUUCAACUUAGCCCGCUACGUCUCCAAGCAGGACAUAAAGCAGGCUAUCAGGAACAUCCCGUACAUGGGAGAGGGCACGUACACGGGUACAGCGAUACGCAAAGCAACCCAGGAGGCGUUCUACAGCUCUCGCAUCGGGGUCAGCAAAGUCGCCAUCGUGAUCACGGACGGACAGACGGAUAAGCGAGAGCCGGUGAAGCUGGAUAUCGCCGUGAGAGAGGCUCACGCUGCCAACAUCGAGAUGUUCGCUCUGGGGAUUGUGAACACGUCCGACCCCACGCAGGCCGAGUUCAUGAGGGAGCUGAACCUGAUCGCAUCAGACCCCGACCCGGAGCACAUGUUCCUCAUCGAUGACUUCAACACACUGCCAGCUCUGGAAUCCAAGUUGGUGAGCCAAUUCUGCGAGGACGAGAACGGAGCGCUGAUAUACAACAGGGUGACUAACGGCUACAACGGCUACAAUGGUAACAACGGCAACAACGGGAAUGGGAACUAUGCCGUCGGUGGCUACGGAUACAGGCCCGUGACCGAGAACCUUGGAGGCGACGGGCGACAGGUCGGCAUCAACACUGGAGUCGGCACUCAAGGCCAAGGAGGCCGAGUGGAGACCACCCAGCAGGGCAGCAAAGGAUCCUUCUCAGGAAGUAGCGGAGGAGGAGGAGUUAUAGGAGUAGUAACAGGAAGAGGAGGAGGAGUAGUAACAGGAGGAGGAGGAGGGCGUGUGACAACAUCCUGGGGAACUGAGCGUGGAGACACUUUUAACCGUUUCACCCCAGAUGUCACUUCCUCCAGAGAGGACUCCUCCGGUACCAGAGGCUCCUCUUCAUCUUCAUCUUCAUCAUCUUCAUCCUCAUCUUCUUCUUUUAGAAAUACAAGCACGUCAUCCUCGAGUGGGUCUGUGCAGAGGCCAGCUCUCCCUAAAGAAACGAUACCCUCAGAUCCUCGCUGCGGCUUGGCCCUGGACCAGGGCACGUGUCGGGACUACAACAUCCGCUGGUACUACGACAAGCAGGCCAACGCCUGCGCCCAGUUCUGGUACGGAGGCUGCAACGGCAACAGGAACCGCUUCGACACUGAGGACGAGUGCAAGAGGACGUGUGUGAUCGGCAGAUCCACAGGAGGCUGAGUGGAGGCAUCUGCCUUACAUCUGCUGUAGAUACUUCAAGGAGGGGCAGCUAAUACUGGCCGUUUUUCACAGGGUUAUGUCCAAUUUCUGCAUAAUUCUCAGGCGUAAACACUAACACUGAUGUUCUAUAUCACAGAAACAUGUCAGUCCAUGCAUUUGUCCCUCUUCGGUAGCACUUAUGGUGAAACUAUCCUUUAAUUACCUCCAUAUGUUGUUUUGAGAUCAGCUAAUAUGACACAGGAAAUUCUUUAUCAUUUAUACUCAGGAAUACUUGUCAGCAUUCUCACUGUGUGCGUCCAUUUCCCAAGGGACUCCCACACCUAAGGGACCUCCCCCUCCCUGCUUUUCAUUCACAGUCACGGUGAGUGCUGCACAGAUUGUGAAAUGACAGAUUGUUUCCUCCAUGUGAUCACCAGUAACUCCGGUGUUUUGCCAAUGACACACUAAUACACCGAAUCAAUCAAUCAGUGCGGCAUAAAGACAGAGUAGUUACUCAUAUCUGGUGCAUAUUCACAUGAGCUGCUAACACAGCUGAAAUGAAGCCUCUCAUCCCUUUAUAUCAAUAAAAUAUAACAAUAGUUUGUUUUUAUAUUAAAUCUAAUGUUCUGUAACUUCAUUGUUUAUUUUGUGCUUUUGUGUGUUUUAGUUUUAUCUGAAUGGAAAUGUGAUGUUUUUUUGAGUUUACAUUGUUUCUUACCAAGUGUCCACAUUUGUUCAAGCAGUCAUCUUCAACAUGGCACUGAUGGACAGACACACAUACACACACUGCCCUCUGCUGGGUAACACAUGUUGAUGUCAGUGAGAGUCUGUGAGAGCAGAGUCUCACAUCUGUUGUUGAGCAACUGGUCUGUCCUACCCAGCUGUACUGAUUGUGGAAACUCAUACUGUGCUGUUAUAACAUGAUGUCAUGAAUCUGAAAUAAAAACAGUACUAAACUUA